UCGCGAAUAAGCCGCUCGCAACAUGUGGCCUAUAGCUUUUCAACCAGAAUUCGUCGACAUUCGGUUAGAGUCCAGCUUUCCUGUAGCUCGCGAAAAUUAUUUGAACGCGCGCGUUUUUUUUUUUUCUUAGUGAACCGCUCGGUUUUUAUCGAAAAUCAGGGUUUGAUAAUCGAAUCGUUCGAUUACGAUGCGGGGUGGAUUCCCAGAAGACGAUUCUCUGGUCCUUUGAGAAACAAAGACAUGUAUGAUGCGAUCGUCUCGGAAAAUGAUGGGUGUGUAAAACGCUAGGGGUCGAUGGACGUCCACGACGAGGGUGGAGGAGCGGGUAGUGAGAUCGGGGAUAAUCCGUUUGUUGGAAAAGAGGGCGGCAAUUUAAUACCGUCCCCGAUUGCAUCGAACAAUGCACUCGCGAAUACAGACCAGCAGGAGCCGGAAAUAGACGCCAAUGUACAUGGGAAUGCAAACAAAAAUAAGUGAGUUUUUUAUAGACUCUACUAUUUUGUUUGUAAACGUGGCAAAAGGAAAUUGGAAGAUGUAUUAAUUAUUUUUAUGCGUGCGUCUAUAUAAAAUAAAAUAUUCGUGAUGAAAAAAAAAAAACAAAUAAUAACUAUUUCCCUACUACUAGCAACCUUAUCUUAGCCUUAAACGUUGUAAUUCCUUGAAUAAACUAGUUGACAAAAUUUGGGAAUUAGUUUAAAACUAUAGCUUAGCAUCUAUUUCACCCCAAAAAUAUAUUAUUUCAAGUUUUUAGAUAUGAAAUUAGAAUUAACCGCGAAAAAGGCCAAGACUGUCAUGGCGUCUUUAAUUAUGUCAUAACAGUUGUGAUCGUUUACGACAGUCAAUUGUUCAAUUUUUCAAUAAAUAAUGAAUUCCUCGUAUUAUAAAUAUUGUGUAGUGCCCCAAUGUGAUAAAAACGCCAGACAAAUUAUUCAUAUACGUUCCAAACAAUCAAUCAAUACGAAGAAAGUGGUUAAAAAUGGCAAAUAGGCAAUAUGUUCUUACUUUAUCAACUAAUUCCACUAAAUAUUUCUGUGAAGAUUAUUUUGAUGAUCAUAAAUACCAGAGAGUUAUGGACUAAUGCCGUGCAAAAAGUUUCGAACGAAAGAAAAAGAAAACCGCAUUUUUCAUCGAUCGCAUUUUCUAUCAUCGAAUCUAAUAAACAAAUAAAGAAGGAUGUAUCUUUCACACCACCGGAUUCUCCUCGACAUGGAGGCAUUACAAAACGUGAUAGCACAGACAACAGUUUAACUAAUCAUAUUUCAAUACCCGCGAGUGACUCUUCUCUAGUUAAAAAUGGAAAAGUAGACGAAUAUAUGAAUAAUUUCGAAAAACCUAUUCGUUUAUUGGAAGAAGAUACAUACUCAUAUAAAGUUGAUUUCGCUACAGUUUUUAAAAGGGGUUUAAUGUACAAAGGAAUAUAUUGGCCAAGCCUCACCAACAGUUUCCAUUGCAAACAUUUAGAAUUGGCGUAUUUAAGAUACUCUCACAGACAGAGACAAAAGGCGUUGAUAAUUGUUAAUAUUGUAGAUCUACUCUUGAAGAUUUGUUUGAUACUUGUAUGGACCCUGUACAAUAGAAAUCAAACAAUCGAUUUGCGAUCUAAUGCCGAUACAAUAAUUUGGUCCGUUUGUUGUAUAUCGAUUAACAUUGCCGUUUGUGUAUUGGGUUGGUGGAGGUGUUUCGCUAACAACUAUUUACAUUGGGCAGCCGUAUGUACGUGGCUUCUUCUAACAGUACAAAGUUUUAUAGCCCGCGGAGUAGGUUUUGGUAUUAAAGAAGAUUUAGUAUGGUACGUCCUUUUUAGUAUUUUUGUACCGUAUGCUAUGCUGCCACUUCCUUUAAGAUGGUGCAUGAUAGCCGGUGCUCUAGCUUCGAUUGGUCAUAUUAUCGUAAUCUCGGUAGCAUUCUUUGGUAAUACAUACGAGUGUCAAAAUACUUUAGAAGAAUGUAAAAUACGUCGACUCCUGGCGAAUAUUCUCCUCUAUAUUUGCGUAAACUUCGCCGGAAUGUACACAAAAUAUUUGACGGACAGAAGUCAAAGGAAAGCUUUUUUGGAAACUCACCGAUCCAUGGAAACUCGAUAUAGGACACAAAGCGAAAACGAUAAGCAAGAAAAAUUACUUUUGUCAGUUUUGCCCGAUUUCGUCGCUAAAGAAAUGAUUAGGGAUAUUGAAAGAGAAGAAAGAGGAGGCGCUUUUCAUCCAAAUCAAUUUCAUAAAAUAUACAUCCAUAGAUAUGAAAAUGUCAGCAUUCUCUUUGCGGAUAUCAAAGGAUUCACACUAUUAUCGACAAAAUGUACUGCCCAAGAACUGGUCAAGAUAUUAAACGAAUUAUUCGCUAGAUUCGACAAACUUGCUACGGAAAACCAUUGUUUGAGAAUAAAACUAUUAGGUGAUUGUUAUUACUGCGUUUCGGGGCUACCUGUUCCUAGAUCUGACCACGCUCAUUGUUGCGUAGAAAUGGGUUUGCAUAUGAUCAAAGCAAUCAAAGAUACUAGACAUAAAACACAGGUAGAAGAUUUGGAUAUGCGGAUUGGUAUUCAUUCUGGGUCCGUACUUUGCGGAGUAUUGGGUCUAAGAAAAUGGCAAUUUGAUAUUUGGUCGACAGAUGUACGACUAGCAAAUCAUAUGGAGUCUGGUGGUAAACCGGGACAAGUUCACAUUUCUGAGGCUACUUAUCAGUGCCUCGGCGGGGCGUACGAAGUUGAGCCGGGAAACGGUCAAGAACGGGACGCGUAUUUGAGGGAACAUAACAUAACUACAUAUUUGAUCAAACAGUGUGAACCGAUGAGAUCGAGGAAAAGAUUUGCAUCGAGACCUAGUAUUUUUUCGAAUAAAUUAUGGCCCGAAGAGGAAGUUAAAAGUAACGACAAUUCACCGACGACUCCUCCAACGCCGGUGUCUUCACCAUUACGGCCGCCUAGUGAGAGGAGUGACAGUGGCAUACAGCACAGCGGCACCGAAGAAGAAAAUACGACAGAUUGGACACCGGAAAUACCAUUUGAAAAUUUGCAUCGGUCGAUAUCGAACGAAAUGGAGGAAGAGCUCGAUACUAUUUCUUACAAACAAAAAUUCGAAACGAACGAAUCUAAACAUAACAAACGCGGUUCGACUUUUGUUUCUGCCGUUGAACAAAUAGACGAUAUUAUCGAUCACAGUAUAGAAAUCGAAAGCAACAAAAGAAUGAGGAGUGCCAAUGUGAAUACCUGGACGUUACGAUUUAUAGAUAAAGAAAUGGAACACCAGUUCAGUCAGCUACGAGAAGAUAUGUUCAAGUCAAACAUGAUGUGCUGUUUCAUCAUUUGGUUGUUUAUUGUAAUAUGUCAAGCGAUUACCACUGAUAUGAUUAACGUAGUUGUGGUGAGCAUCGUGAUAACAACGCUCAUUUUGAUAGCCACGUCAAUCCUGGUGAUGGCAGAAGAAUUUCAACAGCUUCCCGAAUCAUUAAGAACAAUUUCUUCGACACUAGUUCACAAAAGAAAAAGAAGAACAGCUUUUAUUUGCGGAGUUAUUAUAUUAAUGGCCAUGACGAGUUCUCUGAAUCUAAUCAAUUUUGGUAACAUCGAAACCGACACCAAUUCCAAUUCGAAUUUUUCGAGUUUUUCUUUGAAACGGACUAUAAAUAACAACUUUUCGGUAAACAAUCCGACUAUAGUAGUGAAUUUUCUUGUACAAGCUAACGUUAAUAAUAAUUUUACAUUAAAUAUCGAUAAAACGAAAUGUAACGAUACCUGCGUAAAAGAGUUCGAAUCUAAUGUGAAUAAUAAGACUUCGUUCUUAUUCAAUACUUUGAAACGAGAAGUCGGCAACAUUAUGUUUACGAAUUCUAAUAUAGAUUCAGUUCGAAGGAAAAGAGAUUUAAGUGCCAAUUAUAAAUCUUCCGAUGUUAAUCAUACCAUAUAUUCUUCCAUUAUAGCUACAGAAGAUCUAACAUUCAAUCCCCACUGUUUCCAUCCCGAAUACGUGGUGUUUACAUGGGUAUUAUGUUUAAUAGCACUGGCGACAGCUCUAAAGUUAUAUUAUUUGAUCAAAAUAUUAUUGUUGAUACUAAUGUUGGUUGUGUACUCUACUUUAAUUCUUAUGCCAUCUAGUCUAUUUACGGACACUCACGAACUUUCCAAUUUUCAAGUCAUUCACAUACCUUUAUCUGCUCAAAUGAUGAUCCUCCUCAUCGUAUUUUUUCUCAUGGUAGCUUACCAUGCUAGAUUGGUUGAAGUAACUUCGAGGCUGGAUUUUCUAUGGAAACAACAAGCCGAAAGUGAAUUGAACGAUAUGCAAGAAACAAGACACAACAACGCACAAUUAUUAAAGAACAUUCUUCCAGAUCAUGUCGCCUUACAUUUUCUCUCGACAGAUAGAAAUAGUGAGGAAUUAUACUCCCAAUACAGGGAAGAAGUGGGAGUUCUUUUUGGAACAAUUCCAAAUUUUACCGAUUUUUAUUCGGAAGACAUCAACAAAGGAGUAGAGUGUAUAAGGCUGCUAAAUGAAAUAAUAGCUGAUUUCGACGAACUUCUAGACGAACAACGGUUCUGUGCAAUUGAAAAAAUAAAGACGGUUAGUGCUACGGCGACUUACAUGGCAGCUUCGGGCUUGAACCCAACUCAAGAAUGUUGUAAAAAUACAAAUGUUCCUGAACAUCUGUGUUCCCUCGUAGAUUUCGCUAUUUUAAUGAGACAUAAACUAGAUGAAAUCAACAAAGAAUCGUUCAAUAACUUCGGUUUAAGAGUUGGUAUAUGCUGUGGUCCUUUAGUAUGUGGAGUAAUCGGAGCUAGAAAACCUGUUUUCGAUAUCUGGGGUGAUACUGUAAAUCUUGCUUCAAGGAUGGAUUCGACAGGUUUAAUCGGUUCCAUACAAGUACCCAAAGAAACCGCCCAGAUCUUAGGUUCGAAAGGAUACGAAGUGAAAAAACGUGGAAUAAUCGAUGUUAAAGGAAAAGGCCUUAUGGAAACCUAUUUUGUAAUUGGCAAACAAUUGAACAAACCACCAACAUUCCAAAGACAACCUAGCCACUAUAGUAGCUUAGCUGCAGUUGUGUAUGCUAUGGCGCAAACUAGAAAGAAACAUACAGGAAAUACUCCUGGAAGUGCUGUACUAGGUAGAGCAAGAACUCAACAAAAAGGGGAAAGAAAGAUAAUAAAUUACAGUUCAAUGAGAAUAACACAUAAAUCGGGUGGAUAUCCUGUACGAAGAAAUACCACUAGAGGGGCCAAUCAAAAACAUAUGCAUGCUAGAUCCCAACCUAAUAUGAGGCAGUUUUCUGGAUCAGGGGCCUACCUGGAAAAUAUGAGAUCGAUGAAAUCAAUGGAAAGAGACCUUACUUCAAAUACAAUAAAUCGCAUGGCGGUUUCUCAGUCCGCCCCUCAUACUCCAGUUACAGCAGCUAAUCAUGAAGGGCCAAUUUUCAAAUCGGUGCCAAGGCUACUUUCCGAACCAAUAGUAAAUAGAUCUAAAAGUUGUUCACCUUCUACUAAAACUAGUCGACUAGAACGACAGAUAAGUGUAUCGGCAGAUAGAAGAGAAGACGUUAUAGAUGAUAAUAUAAAUGAUAAUAUUAAGGUAAAAACGACAACGAUAGUUCCCGUUCACUCACCCAAGCAUUUACCGAAAAGAGAGUCGAAAUUCUCUUUAAAAUCGCCGCUUUCCAGAAGAGAGACCAAAAUACAAAUCGAAAACGCAAUCAAUAGAGAAAAGUUGAAUAAAGUUCAUUCUUUAGACGGAACACACGUGUAAUAGUAACUUUUGAUUUUGCGUAUUUAUUUUUUGUUCGAAAUAAAUUCGUUUAUCAGGACCAUUAAACAUGAAAGUUGUGCCAAAUAAAACUUUUAUUUAGAACCUAAAUUUAUCGUUCUAAAAUGUAUCGAUGUGUCAAAAAAAAAAAUAAGUAUUACUAAUCGAGAAGUUUUGUCAGAAAUUUCCGAACUUGAUUCUAAGUUUGCAAAUUUUCCAUAGUGUCAAUCUUUUGCGAGCAAUAUUUUUUCAGCAAGAUACGUCAAAAUAUGAGAAUUUUUUUAUUUUGAUCCAAUUUUAUAUUGUGAUCUUUUCGUAGGGUUGUUCGCACACUUAUGAAAAAUAAUUUUUGGUGUUUUAAUAAGGAAUAUAUUUAUAAUGAAAAUAUAAAUUAAUUAAAUUUGUAAUUAUUGUAAUGUAUUCUAUUUU